AUGUCUCAUUAUACACUACCACCAUCACCACCAUCCCCCACCAGUGCGGACAUCUCAUUACACACCACCACCACCAUCCCCCACCAGUGCGGACAUCUCAUUACACACCACCACCACCAUCCCCCACCAGUGCGGACAUCUCAUUACACACCACCACCACCAUCCCCCACCAGUGCGGACAUCUCAUUACACACCACCAUCACCACCAUCCUCCACCAGUGCGGACAUCUCAUUACACACCACCACCACCAUCCCCCACCAGUGCGGACAUCUCAUUACACACCACCACCACCAUCCUCCACCAGUGCGGACAUCUUGUUACACACCAUCAUCAUCCUGUACCAGUGCAGACAUCUUGUUACACACCACCACCAUACUCUUCUUCCACCAGUGCAGACAUCUCCUUACACACUACCACCAUGCUCCUCCAGGGCACACAUCUUGUUACACACCACCAUCAUCCUGCACCAGUGUUGA